CUCUUCUCUCCGUCCCCACCUACUACUCGGCGCCUCUGGUUUCUCUCCAAGUCUCCAUGCUACGCGACCGGAAACUUCCAGAAUCUACCAGUACCACCUUCCUCUCUCUCUCUCACUCUUCCUGCGCGACGGUGCACCCUAGCCCGAUCCGCGGCGCCGCCAUGGUCGCCGAGCAGGCCACCACCACUGUGGCUGUGGGCGAGCCGCCAACUGCCACCCCGCAGCCGGCGGCGGCAGCGGCUGCGGGGCAGAGGUCCGUGCCCACGCCGUUCCUCACCAAGACGUACCAGCUGGUGGACGACCCGGCGGUGGACGACGUCAUCUCGUGGAACGACGACGGGUCGGCCUUCAUCGUGUGGCGGCCGGCGGAGUUCGCGCGCGACCUCCUGCCCAAGUACUUCAAGCACAACAACUUCUCUAGUUUCGUGCGCCAGCUCAACACCUACGGGUUCAGGAAGAUCGUGCCGGACAGGUGGGAGUUCGCGAACGACUGCUUCCGCCGAGGGGAGAAGCGGCUGCUCUGCGACAUACACCGCCGGAAGGUGACGCUGCCAGUCGCGGCGGCCACGAGGGCGGUCACGGUGGUGGCGACCAUCCCCAUGGCGCUGCCCGUGGACUCGCCGGUGUACUCCGGCGAGGAGCAGGUGCUGUCGUCAAGCUCGUCCCCCGAGCCCCCGUCGCUGCUGCAGCAGCAGCCGACGCCGUCCGCGUCUGGCUCCGGUGACAUGGGCGAGGAGAACGAACGGCUGCGGCGGGAGAACGCGUGGCUCGCGCGCGAGCUCGGGCAGAUGAAGAAGCUGUGCAACAACAUCCUCCUCCUCAUGUCCAAGUACGCCGCCACUAAGCAGCCGGACGCCGCCAAGGCGGCGGCCGCCGGGAACUGCUCCGGCGGCGAGUCGUCGGGCGCCGCCGCGGCGCCUCCGCUUCCUUCGAUCCUGGAGCUCCUGCCCUCCUGCCGCCGCGACCCCGCGUCCGCGGCCGUCGACGCAGCGGCAGCGGCAGCGGGAACGGAGCACGAGGUUGAUGAAAAGGCGGGCGCUAGGCUGUUCGGCGUCUCCAUCGGGCGGAAACGAAUGCGGGACGAGAGCAGCGGUCACGGCGGCGGCGGCGAGGACCCCGUGGGCCGCUCGGCGGAGGUGAAGGCGGAGCCGGUGGACGCGCGUCUCGACCAUCAGCACAGCGCGACGGAGCCGCAGUCGUGGCCCAUUUACCGGCCCAGGCCAGUGUACCACCCGCUCCGGGCCUGCAGCGGCUUGGUCAGCGCUGGGAGCGACCACGACUGGUCCAACAACUCGAGGUGACUUUUGCUUGCAAGCCCAAUCGUCCACAGGUUACAGGUUAAACUUAGAAUGAGAGAUCAAGUGUUUAUGUAGCAAUAACUUUUUGUUAGUUUAUCUCAUAUUACCGCAAGUUUCGAGUAUCAUUCAUGUAUAGCGAUCCAUUAAACUAGAGGUUACCUUACUGAGGACGACUUGAAUUAAAGUCAGUUGUUUAAACUGCUAGUCAGUUAUUUAGACUGUUAUCGUUGUAUUUCAUAAUGUUAAGUAACCCUAAUUAGGGUUAUGUGGGUAAAUAUCUGCUUUGCC